CUUAUUAUGUGUUCUAGAAACAGAUUUACAUUUCUAUUUUGUAUAGUUAGAUAAGUGUAGAUUACUUUAAUAUUUUUUAUUAACAAUCAGCAUCAACAGAUGCUAACAGUAGUAUGUGCACUUUUGCACAAUCUAAUAUGUAUAUCCGAUGGUAACUUCCGCAGCGGUAACCCACAGUGAUUGUGUUUAGACUCGGAAAUAAGACUAAUAAUAAAGGUAUCAUUCCACUUGGAAAAUGUCUGCUUUGGCUACGAAUGAGAAUGUACAAAACGUUGGCAACAUUUUGAAAGACAGGAAUAAUCCUUUAAAAGACCGCUUUCGAGCUUUGUUUACUUUAAAAAAUCUAGGAGGACACGAGGCUGUUGAUGCAAUCGCAUCAUGCUUUGAUGAUCCAUCUGCGUUACUAAAACAUGAACUGGCAUAUUGUCUGGGACAAAUGCAAGACCGAUACGCCAUUCCAGUACUUACAUCCGUUCUGGAAGAUACUUCGCAAGAGCCAAUGGUUCGUCACGAGGCAGGGGAAGCCCUUGGAGCUAUCGGCGCAACGGAAGUAAUAGACAUCUUGAAUAAAUAUUCAUCUGAUCCAGUCAUAGAGGUGGCAGAGACUUGUCAAAUUGCAGUUGAACGAAUACGCUGGCUACAAAGAAAAGAGGAAGAAGAAAAACAGCUGCUGCCCAACCCCUUCAAUUCUGUUGAUCCUGCACCACCAGCAGCCCAGGUGGAUAUAGCUGUAUUGAAGGAAACACUGCUUGAUGAAUCACAGUCUCUGUUUCACCGUUACCGGGCCAUGUUUACUUUGAGAAACUUGAACACAAGAGAAGCAGUGCUAGCUCUAGCAGAAGGCUUACAGUGCCAGAGUGCUUUAUUCCGCCAUGAGAUUGCCUACGUCUUGGGUCAGCUUCAAAAUGAUGCCUGUGUUGAACAGUUGGCCGUUAACCUGAGAGACAAGCAGGAGAAUGCCAUGGUGCGUCAUGAGUGUGCAGAGGCUCUGGGUUCAAUAGCAACUGAAGAAGCAACAGCUGUUCUUCAGAAUUAUUUGAGCGACUCAGAAAGAGUAGUGCGUGAAAGCUGUGUUGUGGCACUGGACAUGAGUGAAUAUGAGAACAGCAGCCAGUUCCAGUAUGCUGACACCCUUCACAGAGUGAUGACUAAUUAAACUUUUUGGUCCUUGUCAAUUGAAUGAAAAAAAUUAUUGCAUUGCUAAGAGCCAGUUAUAUCCAUUUUGUAAGGUGUAUGAGAACAUUUGAACAACAAAAUUAUGUUGAAUCAUAUAAAUCAAUUUUAAGUCCAUUCCUGCUUUUGUGGGAAAAAGUGAUCAUGAAAAAAAAACCCAACUUGGUUCCGUUUUAAAAUCUUGUAACGAUGACCCAAACUGAUAUAUAAAUUUUUUUUUUUUUUUGUUACAUGCAAGUGUCUAAAUUCAGUGGAGUGAAACUACCACAUGUUUAUUGAUAUUUUUGCCAGAUACUAUAUUCAGAAUAAAAGUGGUCUUCUGA